GGUAACGGCUGGUUGUAGAGACAAGAAAAUAUAUGGACUUCAUCUUCAUUUCCGAAGAACUCGAUGAAAUCCAAAUCCUCCAUUUUGAUUGAUAUUGUUGGGGCACCCGCCCUAGCUCUAGGAGCACUCGUCAUGUUCGUGUUGUCACGUUGGUUGGCAUUCGUAGCAAUUGGCGGCGUAUCGCACGCAAAAAGGUCAUAAACAUGCCUCUGGUCGUGUCGAGAACGACACGCGGGUAUCGGCUUGGUGGGCGCAUAUGUCACCUCAUCAAUGAGCUCCUAGCCGUUCUCCUGCUCGUGCCUCUUCUCGUGACACACAUCAAUACGACGACGAGUUGUGUCUCUGCGGUAAAGCUUCUAGUCCUCCCUCCAUUGUCAGAGGGAGCUGAAGCCGCAGCCUUUGGUGGUCAUGAGGCACGCGAGUUUUCGAAGUGGCUAGAUGAUGAAGAUAACAUCCCGGCACGUGACAUACCGAUUUUGGAGCAUCCAAUAAAACUCAAGGAAGAUGGCUUCUGGGGAAACCUGUGUAAAGGGAUUAGUAGUGCUAGUAUCUCUGGAAGUUCUACUAGCAGUAGUAGUACAAGAAAAGGUGGAACAAUUGCUGGAAGUAUUGGUUCUUCACUAAGUGCUGGAGGAGGCCUGAUCGUAGGUCAGCAGCCACUCCCAGUAACGGCGCUACCGGAUACGAUGCUACCAGCUUCAUACUGGCACAAAGUCUGCAAGCAUGUGUUGAAGAAGCAACAGGGGAAUAAGCAUGUAGUGGGGUGGACAAGUGCAGUGAGUCUGACUCAGGGCGGGAGCAGUCGUGGUGAAAUGGAUGAAACAUUGGCAUGAUGACUCACUCGUUUAUUUUGACGGCAUAUGCAACAAAGCGAACAAGAAAUUGUGAUUGAUGAUACAAAGUUGCAGAUACUUUUUUCCGUACUAGUAAUCUCAAAUGGAUCGCAAAAUUUGCGCUCUGCGGCUUUCUUAUAUUUGAAUUCAUGCGUUUAAGGCGGAAGGAGGAGAAAGCGAUGCGGACGAUGAUUUGUUGAGAACACUGUGUGUCGUGCAUCAGAUAUGACGAGGGCUGCGGGACUCGAGUGAACCGCAUAGAGAGUAAACCUUGCUUUGUGACACCAUGAAAUAGGAGGCAAAAAAGUUUUCAAUACGAAUGCAAAGCCGGUGUAGUUUGAAAAGAAAU